AUGGACUACUACACGGAAUUGCCUCCCCUGGUACGCACCUGGGGUCCCAUAGCUUUGGGUGCCUUUGUGUUCUACAAUUUGGUGUCUUAUUUCAUCUCAUGGUAUCGACUGCGACAGUUUCCCGGACCAUUUUUAGCGUCGGUGUCUUACCUCUGGCUCGGACGAGCUGUUCUGAAAAGCCAAGUUCCCAAGCUGAUCGAGGACGCCCGCAAGAAACACUCUAAUGGGGGAGCCUUCAUCCGGGUCUCACCGGAUAUGCUGUCUACCGACAGCCCGGAGGUCCUGCGCGCCAUCAACGCCGUUCAUGGCGGCUACCGCAAGGGAGACUGGUACCACAGCGCUAAGGUAGACCCUGAAUCACACAACAUGGUUAGCGCCACCGAAGUCGCAAUUCACGACAAGAUCAAGUCCAUGGCCUCAGCCGGCUACACCGGACGAGAAGUGCCUCGUCUGGAGUCUGAUAUUGACGGGCAAAUCGAGUCACUCAAGAACCUCAUCCGCACCAAGUACAUCUCUUCCACGGACAAGAUUGCUCCACCACUGGACAUGUCCAAGGCGGCGCAAUACUUCACCGUUGACGCUCUGACCAAAAUUGCCUACGGCGACGCUUUCGGCUAUCUGGUUCACGACGAUGAUAUCGCCGGCUACGUGAAGACUAUGCAAGAAGGUUCCGUCUUCAACGAGCUCUGCACCGAGAUCCCGUGGAUUCGCCGUAUCUUCUGGUCCAAGCCAAUGCUUCAAAUGUUCGGACCUAAGCCCACUGAUAAUGAUGGUAUCGGUGCCUUGAUGAAGGUUGGCCGCAAAGUAGUUAGCACCCGGUUUGGUCCCGAUGCCAAGGAGCAGCAAGACAUGCUGGGAUCCUUCGUCCGCCAUGGCAUGACGCAGCGACAGUGCGAGAUUGAGGUCCUUCUCCAGCUUAUCGCCGGCACUGACUCGACUUCCAACGCCAUCCGUAACACAAUGCUUUCCCUUGUCUCUACUCCCAGAGCGUAUCGUCGCCUGCAGCAAGAAAUCGAGGAAGGGAUUGCUGCCGGGAAUAUCUCCUCGCCGAUCACAUUUGCCCAGGGAAAAGCAAUGCCGUAUCUCCAGGCCGUCAUCUACGAGAGUUUGCGCCUGUUUCCUCCCGCAUUCGGCAAUCUUCCCAAGGUCGUUCCCCCGGCAGGUGAUACCCUGGCUGGACAAUUCGUGCCAGGUGGUACCCACAUCGCCGUCAACGUCCCCGCUAUCAUGCAAAAUGUCCCGACCUUUGGGGAGCAUCCUGAGAUGUUCAUCCCCGAGCGCUUUGUCGAGGCAUCACCUGAGAAGCGUCGCAACAUGGAGCGAGUGGCUGAGCACAACUUCGGCUACGGUCGGUACAUGUGCGCCGGCCACGUCGUUGCUAAGAUGGAGCUCAGCAAGAUCUUUGUCGAGCUUCUGCGUGAGUUCGACUUUCAAAUCGCAGACCCAGUGAACCCAUGCAAGCAAUACCAAGGUAUCCUGUUAUCUCUGGAGGACUUGCACAUGCGUGUUACGUACAGGAACAAGUGA